AUGAAUCGAGGAACAAAAGGUCUUGAGAUGUGGUGCCGUCGUCAAAUUGAAGGCUACCCUGGUAUUGUUAUCCACAACAUGACUACGUCGUGGAAGGACGGUAUGGCAUUCUGUGCCCUGGUUCACCACUUUCGACCAGAUUUAAUUGAUUUUGAUAAAUUGAACAAAGCCGAUGUUUACUAUAACAAUGAGUUGGCAUUCACAAUGGCCGAAAAGCACCUUGGUAUUCCUGCUUUGCUAGAUGCAGCUGAUAUGGCGAUGUAUGAUGUCCCCGACAGACUCUCGAUUCUAACAUAUUUGUCGCAGUACUAUCAACGAUUUGCAUCACAGGAAUCGAAAAUUAUCAAAGAUAAAUCAGCAACAAUCUCGAGCACUACUCCUCCUCCACAAAAGGCGGAAAGUCCACAGCAAGCAAAUAAAUCAAAUGACACCGCUAACAAAGCGACAACAUCUGACAAAACAGCUGAGGAACAAAAACCAUCGUCAACAGUCAAUAAAGACUUAAAUAGCACGAAAAUUACUGGAGCAAAUCAACAACCAAGUACCAAAUCACAAAGCAUUGCAAAUAAAUCAAAAGUGGCAACGAGCAAAAGUGAAUUUUCGUCUGAAACGUCGAAAAAAAAGUCACCAACAAAGAAUUCAAGCUCAACCUCAUCGCCAAGAGGUCAACAAAAGAAAGCCAACCCAAAGGAAAAUGCAAAAGGCAUAAAGGCAACUACCGCAAAAAGUGGAAAUGAAAAAACGAAAACAUCGCCAAAGGCAACGGCAACCAAAGCAAAAUCAAACACCAAAGUCAAUUUAAAUGACAUCACCGAGAAAGUGAACGAAGUUUCAAUCGCAGAUACUGCACAUUAA